UACAAGCGCAACCCAAUUUACUACAUUUCUCUCAUUCCUUAUUCCAUUCCUCUCUUUCUCCUCCAUUUACCUUUCUUUUUUAGUCUGGUUUCUAACGCAGACCAUGGACCGAUGUCGUCGAAAACGACCCAAAACCGCCACUUCUGAGUCUGACGAGGUUAUUAGCAAUGAGUGGGAAUUCAUAAACAUGACUGAACAAGAAGAAGAUCUCCUCUAUAGAAUGUAUAGGCUCGUUGGGCCCAGGUGGGAUUUAAUAGCUGGUCGGAUUCCGGGUCGAACACCAGAAGAAUUAGAGAGGUAUUGGAUCAUGAGACAUUGUGAUACGUUUGCUGACAAAAGAAAUCAGCAAGACAACUCUGAAAAAUGUUGGUCGUCGAAUGUUUAAUGCUUUCAAGUAGUUGUCUUCGUCUUAGAUGGUUAUUGUGGCUUGGCUUCCGUCUGUUUCUUGUGCAGUAGUUUAGUUCUUGCAGUUAUCUCUCUCUCUCUCUCUCUCU